CACACGAGUAAUAAAUUGAUUCACUUCAUUUCUAACGCCACUGUUCUGUUCAUUCUCGAUCUGAAAAUUGGGAAAACCCUAGAGAGGGAAAGUCUGAUCGAACUAAUCCUCCGUUUUCAAUUCACGACCUUGAGAAAUGGCAACAGGUGGAGCUGCUCCCCAGCGAGGAACUGCAGCAGCUGCUGCAGCUAACCUUCGUCGGAGGAGAACAGCUGGGGGUGGUGCUGCUGGUGGAGCAAGUGGGACCAUGCUUCAAUUUUACACAGAUGAUGCCCCAGGACUUAAGAUUUCUCCUAAUGUUGUUCUUGUCAUGAGCAUCGGUUUCAUAGCUUUUGUUGCUAUACUUCACGUCAUGGGUAAGCUGUACUUUGUCCGCAAAGAGUAGACUCUAGUCCGAAUGGUGAAAUGUGGAUUCAGGAAAAUGAAAACUACAUUACUUUGUUUAGUUUGCCUCUUGGCGAGUUUUUUUUUUUUUUUUCUUAAUUAUUUUCUGCUAGGCAUGUUUUGAUGAACUUAGGGAACAUUCAAACAGAGCAGAUUUCGAGCUGUAGCUUUAUGGUGGGGAAAACGAGCUUGUCUAUUGACAAUUACCAACUUCAUAUCAUGUUUUUAAUUGAUAUUAUGAAAUUAUGCAGCACAUAGAAUUUCUUUGUAA